AGUGCGUCAGUGCUCCACAAGAAAGUGCAUUACAUAAAUUAAAUAGUUAAUUGGGAAGGUCAACGUUGUCUGGUCGACGUGGUUGCGUGCCUUUAGUCAGUGAGACACCGCGCAAGGCACACGUACUAGAAGUGAAUCGCUUAUUCUAGUUCAAACGAAUCGGAAUCAGAGGGCCUCGCUUAGUUUUACAGUGUGCCUGCAACGCCGUGUCGAUGCGAUGCGAUGUCAACCAAAUAAUCGUAUAAACUAAAAGUUCCCACCGGAACGAUGUUCUUUACGAUUCUCGAUAUUGUGGACAUGUCCUUAUCGAUACAGUAAAUUUGAAGUUACAGUGCGGUAAUCGGUUUGUGACGAGAUGAGGAUCUAUUUUAUAUGGAUUUCCCUUUUGAUCUUGCCUAAUGCGCUAGUGGUCAGCCAGCCAUUUGCAAAGCAACCAGGGGUGAGAGAGGAUGCAGAUCCUGAAGUACAACAUGGAGAUCCCUCCGAUAUUCACAACGAGCAGGUUAUAUCAGUAAGAAUAACGUCCUCAGUUGCUGUAGGAAGAGGAAAAGCAAAAUCUACCAAGAUACCAGAAAAUGAAUACAUUCAAAAUGUUAACGCCACGUUACUACCGACCAUUGUAACAAAAAUAAAUCCUACGAAUCCAACUACAAUCGAGGACAUCGAAAACGAAACCGUAACUGAUGCAAUGCCGUACAUCGGUGCUAACAUAGAUUUUAUCAAACAAUUACAAGCACGGAAAGAAGCGAGAGGCGUAAAUCAUUACGAGCAAGUGAAUCCAUUUGAAACAGUUAAACAAUUUAAUUACAACAUAUCCGAUGAUCAUACAACCGAAUCAACUAGCAACACUGAUUCCGAUAUAGACUCUACGGCUAGUGAAACUGAGGAAAAUAUUGAAAAUAUACCAAUAGGUAGAUCGAUUUCAUCAUUAUCGGCUAAAACAUAUGUACAAAGUUUAACCGACGAUUCAUUGCAGGAACGAGAUAGGAACACGCGAUUAACAACGGUCAGUUUUAAUAUAGUUCACGACAAUCCCAAGAUUAAUGACAAUUAUAACCAUGCGAGUAACACUUUCGGACAAAGUCAACAGUUUUAUAAUCCCCCAGCAAAGGUCUAUAGUCAACCUGCCCAAAUUUACAGUCAACCUGCGAAGUUCUACAGUGAGCCGGCGAAAUUUUACAGUGAACCAUCGAAAAUUUACAGCGAACCAGCCAAGAUAUACAGUGAACCGGCAAAAAUUUACAGUGAGCCUGCUAAGUAUUACAGUCAGCCGGCGUCAUUGCAUCUCACACCGGAACCAUUACCGAACCAUACUCCUUGGCGACCACGCUCGCGAACAAUAUCACCAACGUCUCCUACGAGAAAUCCUGAUAUAACCACGACUCCAAUAACAACAGUAACUUAUAAAACGAAUACAGAACGAUACAUUGUAGAACAUCAACCCGAAAAGAAUUACGAGGUAGAUGAAAAAAUCAGCGUAAUGACUGACGGACGUAGUCAUGGAGUUCAAAAACCGAAUAAUGAGAAUUGUAAGCAGGAGAACUGUAAAGUUGGUUAUGUUGUGGAAGGAAGACAGUAUAAAAAGUAUCGUGUAGAAGAAAGAACACCUGAUGGCUUUAUUGUGGGGGAAUACGGUGUUGUGAGAAACGAAGAUGGAGCCCUUAGAGGCGUCAGAUAUACUGCCGAUAGCGAAGCCAGCCCUCGUCUUAUACAAGACGCACUUAUGAAGUUCCUGCAGCUCAAAUAGAUCAUACAUUUAGUUGUAAAAUGCUCAUUUAUUUUUAUAAGGUAUACUCAAUAAAAUUUAAACACAUGGCACACAAAUGAAAUAUAAAAAUGUAGUGAGAAUUUUUGUAAAUACUUAAUAAUCAAGACUGAAUAUUUUGGUAUCCAGAAAUAAUUAAUUUCUCUUAUCCCAUACUGUACAGUCUUUCGCUCUGUUUCGGCUUCGCAUAUUUAAAGUUUUUUAUUAUUUGCAUGAGAUUUUUCCAAGUCAUUUUCAUUUAGGACUAUCUCUAUGUCUUAGAAUGUCUGUGGUAAAAACAAUACUUUUUUUUUAUUUAUUCUGUAUCAAUUUUUAAAUUUCUAGCUAAAUCGGUAUAAAAGUUAAUGCGUACUUUCUUGUCUAUUAUAAUUAACUAAUGUACUGAAGCUUCUUUACUCAUUUAUAUUAAAAAUGCAUAAUCUGUGCCAUCUGUUUUUUCUUAAACAUUACCUGUACCUUCAUAUUUAAUGGAUUUUUUUACCUUAAUUUAAAAUGUUUGUGCUAUGGAUAGAGAAUGUGUACAUAUUUAGUUGUUAAGAAUUAAAAGCUUGCAAACUAAGUUUUUUAUUUAAUUGUUCUACUUUAGUUGGCUGCUUAUCAUCAUAAUUACAUGUCCUAAAGAUACGAAAAUAAAAAUAAAUGGAAAGGAA